AUCUUAUGCUACUAGUAGCCAUCAUAUGUAGCCCAUGGUCGAUAACAUGAACUACGAGGAGCUACUCGCGCUGGAGGACAGGAUUGGCUACGUAAGCACAGGGCUGCGCGAAGACGAGAUCGUCCGCGGCCUUAGGGUUGGCAAAAACCUGCCGUUCGACCGCAAGCAUUUCUCAACAGAGACGAAGCGGAGCUGCAGCAUUUGCCAAGAAGAGUUUGAAGCGAGUGAGGAGGUAGGGAGGUUGAGCUGCGGCCACGGCUACCAUGUGCACUGCAUCAAGCAGUGGCUCUCCCGAAAGAACGCCUGCCCACUUUGCAAGACCGCCGUCUCAAAACCAUGAGAUAGAUCAUAGUCCUAGAUCCCUACGCCACACAGUUUCUUUUUCUCUGGUAUAAUACAUGUAUUCAUGUCGCAUCUGAAAG